UUCCCUCAGAACCAGAAAAUCACCCACCACGCACCAUUGUUUUACACUCUUUCUCUCCGCCUGCUUCCUCUUACAGCUCACCCUCCACUCUCAAGAACAAUGAAGAAAGUGGUCCUCAAGGUAGACAUACACGACGACAGGAUGAAGCAGAAGACCAUAAAGGCGGUUUCCACACUCUCAGGGAUUGAUUUGAUCGCCGUGGAUAUGACGGAAAACAAGAUGACGGUGAUUGGCAGCAUGGAUCCGAUCGAUAUAGUGACCAAGCUGAAGAGGCAUUGUCACGGUGAGAUUCUGACGGUCGGACCACCGCCCGACCCGAAGAAAGAAGAAGAGAAGAAGAAAGAGGAAGAGAAGAAGAAGAAAGAGGAGGAGGAGAAGAAGAAGAAAGAGGAGGAAUCCAAGUUGCAGCAGCUGUUUCAGCAUUAUCACUACAAUCCUUAUUAUCCCUAUAUGGCGGCCCAACCGGUUUACAGUCAUCUCCACCCGAAUUAUAACUACCGAGUGGUAAGUCCCGACGACAACCCCAACGGCUGCGUAAUUUGCUGAAUUUCCACAAGAUAGAGAUGUAUAUCGAUGCAGAUAAGAAUUUUGAUUUCUUAGAUUAGUGGGAACUGAAAAUUUUGAUACAUGUGUUUAGAUAAACCAACUAUGUAGAA